UCGUGGCUAAAAACUAAUCGUCGACCGGAAGCCAAAUACUUGUAGUCUCCGUCGCCGCCUCCUCCGAUGGACCUCCUCUUCCCCUUCCCCUACAUUCGCCGCCGGCGAUGGCUUAUCCUCGCCGCCACCGUCGUCGUCUCCGGAUACGGCGCCUAUAGAAUCUACCACCUUCCUUCCGUCGCCCGGCGGCGCAGGAAGCUGUUUUGCCUCCUCUCUGCCCUCGCCACCGCAGCCGAUGCCGCCGCAUCCUCCGCUGAGGCUGUCUCCCUUGUAUCCUCCGAUCUCAACCGAUUCCUCCGCUCUGACGCCGACGAUCUCCCCUCCAGCUUGAAGCAGUUGUCCAAGAUCGUCCGCUCCGACGAGUUAUCCGGCUCCGUUUCUAGUAUUUCCGAAGCCCUAACGAUCGGACUUGUGCGAGGGCUCCAAUCCAAUGGUCCGAUGGUUGAUUCUUCCGUUUCGGAGACCGGGACCGGAGCAAGAUUCUCCGAUCGGGUUAUGGAUAAGCUGUUCUCCGCCGCUGGAACCGGGUUCGCCUCCGUGGUGGUUGGCAGCUUAGCGAAGGGCCUUGUGAUGGGGUUUUACACAAGGGGAUCGACCGGUGGUGAACCCGAUGGCAUCGAGCGAUCGGACUCGCAGGUGGUGCCACAGUGGUUCCAAUUGGUUUGCAGCGAUGAAUCUAGAGCUCUCGUCGGAAACGUUGUCCAGCUGUUUGUGAGCACUGCCGUCACGGUCUACCUCGACAAGACGAUGGACAUCAACACCUAUGACGAGCUCUUCUCCGGCCUCACCAACCCGAAACACGAGGCUAAGAUGAAGGACAUGUUGGUUUCAAUGUGCAACGGAGCGGUCGAAACCCUUGUUAAGACUUCCCACCAGGUGAUAAGCUCCAAUUCGGGCUCGCCUGAGGUCAGAGCAGAAGAUCUUCCUCGAGUGGAGGAACUCGAUCAGAAGGCGAAGGAUGGAGGUGGGUGGGUGGAUCAGAUAACGUCCAAAUUGGCUGUACCGAGCAACAGGAGGUUCAUUCUUGAUGUCACAGGGAGGAUAACCUUUGAGACUGUCAAGUCUUUUCUCGAUUUCGUGUUGUGGAAGAUAUAUGAUGGUGCGAAAAGAGGAGUAAAUUCUGCACGAGAAGAGUUGGUCGUAAAGGGUUUGGAGGUGGUGAGAUACAUCAGUGGCAAGUCUAUGGUCAUCAUCACAAUAUGCCUCUCCUUGUGCAUGCAUAUCUUCAUGGGGACGCGAGUUUUGGUGCCUGCGUAGAAAGGCACGCUUUUUGUUGUGCUUGCUUGAAGUAGUAGAACCUGAUAUGAUGUUGGUUCUUAUGGUUCUCAUUGCAAAAUUCAAACAAAAGGGAAAAAAAAAGGAAGAAAUUCAGCAUUGUUGAAGGAAAUCAGGUGAUUUUUCUAUUGGAAUUGUUGAUACUCUUGUAAGUAUAAAGGAGAUUGAUGAUGGAGAAAUUGAUAUGUAAAUAUGCAGUGACAUAUAAAAGCACUCAAAAUGCCUUCUGAGAGUGGAUUAUAUAUGUGAAACAUAGUAUGUUAUUACAAACAGGAGGGUAUGUGUUUUACAUUGGAUAAUUUCUUGCUUUUCUUUUCCAAUGUUAAUAUCUUGAUAAAUUUCUUA